GAAGGACGACUGCGUGCGAGGGGGAUUGUUGGGGGAGAGUAGCCGGCAUUGAAUGAGGGAAAGGAUGAGAGAUUCGCAUAGAACGAGAUCCGUGUAGAAUCUCUCUGUCUGUGUUGUUGUGGUGGUGGUUGUUGUUGUUGUUGCGGGCAAGAGAGAAGGAGGUUCUGAAUCUUUGUUCGCCAAAUCCGACACGGGCUGAUUCUUCUCGAGGUGAAGUCGAAGACGCCGGUGUGCAGGUAUGACGCGUGACCUCGCCAUUCCCGAUGGCGAUCACACAGAGCCGGUUGCGGCGCAGGACUUCAACGACAAAUACGAACCAAAGGAGGUCCUCGGCAGUGGCGUGAGCAGCGUGGUGCGGAGAUGCGUGCACAAGCGCACGGGGCAGGACUUCGCCGUGAAGAUCAUAGACAUCACGCCCGAGCGCCUAAGCGAAGAGGAGCUGGAGGACAUCUACAGCUCUACCGUAAAGGAGGUGGACAUCCUCAAGGCGGUCUCGGGCCACCCCCACAUCAUUACCCUCAUAGACGCCUACGAGUCCAGCACCUUCUUCUUCCUGGUGUUUGACCUGAUGAAGAGGGGAGAGCUGUUUGACUACCUGACAGAGAAAGUGGCGUUGAGUGAAAAGGACACCAGGAACAUCAUGCGCUCCAUCUUCGAGGUGGUCCACUUCCUGCAUGCCAAGAACAUCGUGCAUCGCGACCUCAAGCCGGAGAACAUCCUCCUGGACGACAACAUGAAUAUCCGCCUCUCCGACUUUGGCUUCUCCAUCCAGCUGCGGCCCGGCGAGCGCUUGCGAGAGUUGUGCGGGACGCCCGGCUACCUCUCUCCCGAGCUGCUCAAAUGCUCCAUGGAUGAAUCUCACCCCGGCUACGGCAAGGAGGUCGACCUGUGGGCGUGCGGCGUGGUCAUGUACACGCUGCUGGCCGGCUCCCCGCCCUUCUGGCAUCGCAAGCAGAUGACCAUGCUGCGUCUCAUCAUGGACGGCAAGUACGACUUCAGCACGCCCGAGUGGGAGGAUCGGUCUGACACCGUCAAGGACCUGAUCUCGCGCCUCCUUGUAGUGGAGCCAGAGAAGCGCUUCACGGCGGAGCAGGCCCUGGCGCAUCCCUUCUUCCAGCAGUACGACGUGGAGGAGGUUCGCCACUUCAGCCCCUACCGCAAGUUCAAGACCAUCAUGCUGACGGUGCUGGCGUCGGUGCGCAUGUACUACCACUACCGGCGCGUGCGCCCCGUCACCACGGAGAUCUUGCUGCGCGACCCGUACGCACUGCGGGCCGUGCGGCGUCUCAUCGACGGCGCCGCCUUCCGCAUCUACGGCCACUGGGUGAAGAAGGGCGAGCGGCAGAACCGCGCCGCGCUCUUCGAAAACACGCCCAAGGCCGUGCUCAUCCAGAUGGCGGCCGCCGAAUACGACGAGGAGGAAGAUGAGGAGGAGGAAGAGGAGUAGCGGUGGCUGCGGCUGCUACUGCCGCCACCUCUCUGGUGGAGGAGGCCAUUUCCGUCAACGGUGAAAUUUUUUUGGCUUGUCCGCUCGGAGAAUUGGCACGUCUAAAGAGGCUAUUAUGGCCACCUUCCCGUGAUGGCCAGAAUAUCUCAACAAGAGGUGGGAGUCCUCGCACUGUGCCCCACCACACGCCAGGGUGUGCUAUGUCAAUUGGGGUCCCCGUUGGCUUUUGUCAGUAAGUUGUGUAAAGGUGCAGCACUGCAAUUGCCUGCUCACGCCGCUGCUGGGCAGAACGGCCUCCCCUCCGAGAAUAUCCCGAGAGCCCCUCACGAGGGUAUUGUGGGAUAUUCUUCCUCGCUGGCCAGACACACACGGCACCUGCCGAUUGGAUAAACGCGGGUCCAUUGGCCAGACUAAAAUUUGGUGUCACCUAAGGUAAGCGCAUCUUUAGUUGUACCGAUUUAUUUAUACGGCGAAUGAGUGUGAUUUUUUUUCAUAACCAACUCAUUUCAAAUGGUAGUUAUUGGCCAAAUGAGUCAAUUGGAAUUCACUGAAGUUAUGCCGCAUUGGGUGGGCUCAUGGACUAAAGAGGCCAAUUGCAGUGGAAGAAGAUCCUGAGUUUGUUAUAAUUACAAACAAAGUGUUGCCAGGUCGAACAUAUUUCCCUCUAGCACCCGAUUAGUGCAGCUAAGAUUCUUGCAGUGACUGAAAACAUUUCGUUUGCAGGAUGUUUUAAAGUGGUAGGCCUCGUCAUCUACCAUCCCUGUGGUAGAGUAACAGUGACAACAGAAGUACUUAGAUGUGUAUGGAACUCUUUAUUGAAAAGUUUUCAGCGCCAGUCAGGUUUAUUAAAUUCUACACUUGAGUGUGUUACAGCCGUUUGUCCAUCCACUGCUGGAUCAAUACUUCCCCUUGCUGUGUCAGUCACGAGGUUUUUUAAAAUCGUAUUUCCCCACGCUGGUCAAUGCUAAUUGGUGAAGGCGGGGCGGGGGCAGGAGCCAGGACUGAUUGGGAUAUCACUCGCCACUUGUAUUAGCCAUGGCCAGGAAUCGAACUCGGAUUUGCGGGGGUUCUUUGCAACUGCCUCCCACCUCCCGCCCCCUCUUUGCAAUGUAUUGAUUGUGAAAUAUGCAGUUCAAGGGGAAUUCUUUAGGCUGAACAUCCAAACUCCGGUAUGGAUUUUUACACUCGCAAAAUAAAUCCUCACUCGUUAAGGGGGAAACUUCUCUUGCGAUGAAACAUCAGGGUCGUGUUCCGUAUUCGCAGGAGUCGCUGCCUGGUCGUUGAAGUGGUGGUAAUUAUCGAGAGUGCGGUGUGGAUUGGAAGGUGCGAUGCCAUCCAACUACAACGUGGAAUGAAUAUUUGAAAGGACCUUCAACUUCCUGCAGAGUUUUUAUGUCAUUGAGUGUUUUUACCUGGACAAUCCCGGGAGAUGGAACAUCUCGUUUGCAAGGGUGUCCAGGGUGUCGAGUGACACAAACAGAGCGUAAGUUCUUCUUGACAUGUAUACAUAUGUAUGUAUGUGCUCAUACAUACAGCAGCCAUGGUUAUAUUUUUUAUGUAACGGCAAGAAUAUUGAACAAGACUGCUUUGAAACUGAUUGCUAUUAUUUUUUGUUCACGUACGAUGGUGUUGAGCAAUACAGCUAGCAUAUUAAUUAAUGCCACUGCGUGGCUUUAGACUCUUAAAUAGAUGCAGUUAUUACUUUCAGAGUCUACUACGUAGGUUUAUCACGGUUGCGCUGUAUAUUUCCGACGUGUUUUCGGGUUCUACCGCGUUUCGUUUGACAUUUCGCUUCACGAGCUGGGAGCUUCUUAAUGCGGCGAGAGUUGACGAUGGCUUUGGUUCUUUAUCCAGCAGUGGAUAGAUCAUGGAUGACGAUGAUGGUGAUGAGUUCAGAAGAGGGGGGGGGGGCAUGACUGAAGAGUUCAGUUGCUGAAGAAGCUCCUGGCACAUGAUGCGAAACUUCUGAGAUCAUGGCGAAACCACAUGCGGUACAGGACAACCCGAAAACACAUCGGAGGGCCCUACUUGCAGAGUUGUUUUAAGUUUGCUUACUGUACUCGAGCAUUCAGGGGCACGUAUUUAAAGAUGUUGGCGUUGAGCACUUGGCUUGUUUGGUUGAGUAUCAGUACCGUUGUUAUUUCAGUUCUGUUAAGUUGUCGAACGUAACCACUAUUUAAAAUGUUGUAGCGUCGAUACAUUUAUUUUCUGUAGUGCAUUACAGUAGUUAUUUAUUUCGUUAUUUUAAAUGUUAAGGUCAAUGUUUUGCAAGAUAAAUUAUGUUUGUUUUUUGGCAAAUGCUGGUGGUAUGCGCUGACCUCUGUGCACGAGCUAUUGUAUGAAUGCAUUUUUCAUGAAUACCUUCUAAAAAAUAAAGGAUGCAAACAUUUUAAGAAA